GCGAGCUGGUGGUAGACAUUUUCAAUACUGCUUCUGAAUGGAUGCAUCUUCCAGGUAACAAUUCGCUGAAAGGAGAUGCGAAGUAUUCCUAUUUGUAGAUAGACACGAUUUGGGACAUACCGUUAUCUGAUUCUCUUCAGUUGAGUUUGGCUGCAGCUUGAGGGCACACCAUUUAGACUAGUUACCGGUAUAUUGCUGUCAUCAUAUUUGACAGUGUUAAAAAUCUGUACAGUCGCUCCAAGAAAUGACAGCAGGUACCAACAUGACAGACGUUGAAUCUGAUGCAAGUAAAGAAACGGUCGCUGUGGAGCCUGCAGAGGAGACACCAAUGAAAGCAGAGGAAAGGCGCUCGGACGAUGCUGAGGAAAAGAACGAGAACAGUAAAGGAACCAUCCAAGAGCAGCUUCCUGUGGCCGUGGAGGAGCCCGAGUUCGUGCAUCCAGAAGGAGGAUGGGGUUGGGUGGUUAUGCUGGCUGCAAUGUGGUGCAAUGGAGCGGUGUUCGGGAUCCAGAACGCGUUUGGCAUCCUGUUCAUGUCCCUCCUGAAAGAAUUCGGCUCACCAAAAGAUGACGACCUCAGGUUUAAAACAGCUUGGGUGGGCUCCCUCUCCAUGGGGAUGAUCUUCUUCUGUUCUCCCAUCGUCAGCGUCUUCACAGACUUGUUGGGCUGCAGGGUGACAGCUGUGGGCGGAGCCGCCGUGGGCCUGGUGGGACUGCUGGCCAGCUCCUUCGUCACGUCCCUGGGUCCCAUGUACUUCACCUACGGCAUCGUGUUCGCCACCGGCUGCUCCUUCGCCUACCAGCCCAGCCUGGUGAUCCUGGGACACUACUUCAAGAAGCGCCUGGGCCUGGUCAACGGCAUCGUGACGGCCGGCAGCUCUGCCUUCACCGUCACCCUGCCCUUCCUCCUGUCCGGCCUGCUGGAGAAGGUGGGCCUGCAGAACACCAUGAGGCUCCUCAGCAUCCUCAUGUUCAUCCUCAUGCUGGCUGGGUUAACCUACACUCCCCUGCUGCCCAAGCCUGUCAGCAGCAACAAGCCAGGCAGCCGCUGCCCGCCCAUGAGCAAGGUGUUCAACGUCAACAUCUGGAAGUCUCUGGGCUACCGGAUCUGGGCCUUCGGCAUCCCGGCAGCUCUCUACGGAUACUUUGUUCCUUACGUUCACCUGAUGAAGCAUGUUGAGGAGCGCUUCGGAGAAGACGCCAACAAGGAGGUUCUGCUCAUGUGCAUCGGCGUCACGUCCGGCGUGGGCCGCCUCAUCUUCGGCCGGGUGGCUGACUACGUACAGGGAGUUAACAAAGUCUACCUGCAGGUGUCUUCGUUUAUGGUCAUCGGCGUGAUGUCCAUGAUGAUCCCUCUGUGUCAUGUGUUCGGGGGGCUGAUCGCGGUGUGUCUGCUCAUGGGCCUGUUCGACGGCUGUUUCAUCUGCAUCAUGGCCCCCAUCGCCUUCGAGCUGGUGGGCUCUCAGAACGUGUCCCAGGCCAUCGGCUUCCUGCUGGGCAUGAUGUCUGUGCCCAUGACCGUGGGGCCUCCUAUUGCAGGGUUCCUGAGGGACAGGCUGGGGAGUUAUGACGUGGCCUUCUAUUUGGCUGGUAUCCCGCCUAUCGUCGGUGGGGCUGUGCUGUGUCUGAUCCCCUGGGUGGAGGCUAGGCGUAUCAGGAGAGAGCAGGAGGAGGCAGCCAAAGAUGGCACCCAGGAGCAGAUGCUGGAGUUCAAGAGGAACAGUGGGGGUCAGGGAGAUGCACUAGCAGUGAAGACCGCAACCCCCGAAUCUGUCAUCUAAGUCUCCCAAAACACACUCAAAACACACUCAAAACACACUCAAAACACACUCAAAACACACUCAAAACACACUCAAAACACACUCAAAACACAGAUGCACCGUGACAUAUUCAUAUUCACUCGCAGGAACUUGGAACUGCUGAUUUAUCAUAUUUUUAUAUGAAACAAGUAUAGAUGAAAUAUGUAUUGACCCGUGUAUGUGUAAACAAUAUUUUAAUGGCUGCUUUUGCAGGAGAAUGUGGGGCAAAUGCUGAAGUAAUACUACAUAUCAGUUACACAUAGAUACUCAACAAACACAAUUGAACAUGAAGGUGAUCUUGAAGAGCUAUGCAUCUGAUUGUUUUCCAAUCUUGCAGCUGUUGAAUUAACUUGAAGGUUAAAAUGGAAAAUGAGAAUCUCACUUAUUUUAAUAUUUCUUACAAGGGAACGCACGCUUUACUUGGGUGCUCUUUGAAGUCUGCAACUACUUAUUUACAUGAGAAUAAGCAGUGGCCAGCCUCGCUAGAAAAUGCCCUCGUUUUCAAUGUGCAUUUAAAAAAAAAAAUUAAGGGCAUUGAGGAUCAUUCUCUUCAUUGCCAAGAAAUGUUCGAUACAAGCUUGAAUAUAGUUUUUAGGCUUUGCAGAAUUUUGAAAAGAAAAACAAACUAGAUUUAAAUAUAUAUUUCCAAUAAACGCUAGGGACAUAUAAUUAACCAUAUAUGGUAAAAGAAACUAAUAUAUCUAAAAAUAAAAAUAAAUCAAAUGAUCCCAUAAGUAGUAUAGGUAAGUAAAGUGUGUUUGGGACACAGAUGUUGCUUGUCUUGACAACAGUAUAACAAAGAAUCUACUGCUAAGUAGAAUUUAACUGGGGGGGGAAACAGCUGCUUUUUAAAAGUCAAUCCUUUUCUGUUUAUAGCACAGAGUGAUCUGUGGGGGAUUGAUACUCUCUUAAAACAUGCCAAGAUUGUGAAUUUGUGAGUAAUGAGGUAUGACCUGACCAUACAAUAUCACUUCAAAGAAGUGCUUUAUGAGAUAAUGGGUGGGGAGGUAGUUAGUUCCUAGUGGUUGUAGGGCUUACUAUUGUCUUAGUUUAAGGUCACCUUGAAGGUGCUUGAGCACCUCAAGGGAGCAGCUUGAAGCACAAUUACAGCGUCCCACCCAUGAAAUAUGAAACGUCAUCUCAAGGCUGCAGUACUCUGGACCUGAAAUAAGCCUGACUUUACCUGAAGCCGUGUUCAGUCGUUAGUAUCUCUGAUACAGUAGAACUUGAAUGCGCCAUACACAGUGCCUGAGAAUCCUUUUCAGUGUUUUUGAACCAGAACCACCAUUGUCAUUUUGUAAUCAUUAGUUUAUAGCAGCUCAGAACAGGAUUCUCAAACGGAACGUCUGCUUGUCUGACUAUGCAACGUGAGUAAAGGAUGAACGUCAGUGUUGAUUAUAUAUAAGGAGUAAUUGACAUGAAACGGAGAUGAAUGAAUUAUGAAUAGAUUUUCUAUUGUUGAUGGCAGUAUUUUGUCCAGCACAUAUAGGCUAGUAAACCAAUGUUAUAUUUUCAUAUCUUCUAAUUGUAGUAGGCUCACUGUCCACCAUAUUUCAAAUGUAAUUUGAUAUGUAAUCAUUGAGAAAUGUGACCAUUAGUCAAGUUAACCAUUGACUAUGUGUGCUCAGUUCAUUUAGCCUUUUAUUAGGAAAAAUAUAUUUGUUUUAAUGAUAUUUUUCAUAUUUGUAUUUAUUUUUUUCUAGAAUUUGUUUUGCGGCUGAUGUCAUGCCAUAAUUAAUUGGGGCGUUCCUUUCUCAUAUUAUUUGAUGUUUUGAAGACCAAAACAACCUUUUGUAUUGAUUAUUUUGGGUGUGCCCUUGAAAUGUAAAGAAAAUGGCUGAUUGUCUAUGGUCAAUACUAUUUGCCAAAGCACCACCCUCAGGAUAGUUUAUUAGGCCUUUCAAACAUGUUAUGUUUCAAAUCACCCUCCUGAAUUUCAACAAUCAUUGAUAAUUAUAAAGAUUGCUCUUGGAGAACUUGAAGACCCACAACUUUUACAGAGUAGGAUUUUGACUCGACAAUCCCUUGACCACUAAGCACGCAGAAAAGUCAUAACUUAUCAAAAUCCAAACUAUCCAGCUCUGUAGGUCAUUGGUUUCACCAAGGCAAGACUUGUGACACAAUCUACCUCGGAUGUCAUGCAAAUUUCUAGUGUUUUGUCCUACACAGUAUUUGCAGGACAGAAAGAGGCUUUCAGUUCAAACCAUUACGAAACAUGACCAUCACGUGUUGUUUGGGCAAUAUUUCCCUUCCACUGUGUGUCUUUAUACAGUCGAUAUCCAAACAUUAGGAGAGACUCUGUAGAAGAGUCUUCCGGCUUCCUAGCCAUCACUGUUUGCUCUGAACGGGAUUGCUGCCUAUCUGUACUACAGAAAAGUGUUUGUCUGAGAAGUACGGUACUUCGGUGGAUUUUUGUGACCAGGGAAAUGCAAAUAAAAUGAUUAAUUCUGAGAAAAAGUUGCUAUCUUGAACUUAAAUCUUGCUUUGGGAAUGAUCUGUUUUUUUUUUAAUGCUUUGAAUUUCCAGUUUAGAUGUAGUAUUUUUUCUAUCGAUGUGAGAAUUAGAUAAUACCCAUGUCACAAGGAAUGUUUCGGAUACAUUUUUUGUUUAGUUUUUCUAACCAAAGUUCAUCUUUUAGUUAUAAUUGCUAUAUUAUUAUUCUUACUUUACAUCCUAGACAUACGCAGUUGCACAAUUCACCGAUGAAAGCCUCAGGUAAUUUCUCAAGUAAUAGAAAUUCCUGAAAUUGUACCCUGGAGCUUUUACUGAGAUACCUCUUUGCCAUACACAUCUUUAGUAAUUAUUCAUUACAUUAUCUCGUACUGAAUUAAUUCCUUUUGGGAAUGUCCCAGUAUUUUAGAUCCUAUGAAAAGAUUUAGUUUAUGCAUGUUAUAUUUUUAGUUUAGUGGCUAAAGUCUAAAUUCAACAGCAUAUUGUUUGAAAUGAUUCAAUGAGCAUGUUUCUAGUUGCAUAUGCAGGUUAUAUAUAGAUUUUAUUCAAACUCUUUUGCUCUUCACAGGUGUAAUUCCGAGUGUAUAUCUAUGCCUAAUGCAACUAGAGUUCUACCACACUGUAAUGUCACAAAAAAUGUCAACUUUGCGGCUUUCACUUUCACCCCAUGUUAUGUGCAUUGUUCUUCUCUCAUUUUAUUUCUUUACACUAUAUGUAUUUCUUUACAGAUACAAUAUAUAUAAAUGUCUUUCAAAUACACUUUAUAUUGCUGAUCAUUAAAAUCUCUUUGCUUUAUGUAGUUAUUUCAUUUGAUUGCUUUUCUAAUUGCCUUCAUAAUUUUAUUGCAUUAUUUAAUGUUUUAAUUUGAUUGUAUGAUAUGUAAUAUGUCAUGGUACUAUGUACAACUGAAAUUAAAGUACAUUUUUAACAAAGUAA